AUGGAUAGGAUGUUCGUUGGCGCGGGCAUUCCUGUUAGAAUCCGUGCCGCUGUAGCAUUGGCUUUCGCAUUAAUCUUCCUCUCCCUCCUGGCUGACUGCGCCAACAACAACGAUUCUCAGGUGAAAUGCAGCAGAACCUGUGUUGCACAGAACUGUAAUUCUGUUGGAAUUAGAUACGGGAAGUACUGUGGAGUAGGAUGGAGUGGGUGUCCUGGAGAGAAACCGUGUGAUGAUCUUGAUGCCUGUUGUAAGAUUCACGAUGAGUGCGUUGAGAAAAAAGGUUUGAUUAAUGUCAAAUGCCACAAGAAGUUCAAAAGCUGCAUAAAGAAAGUCCAGGAAUCUGGAAAGGUUGGAUUUUCUCGGGAUUGCCCUUAUGAAGCAGCUGUGCCUACUAUGGUGCAGGGAAUGGAUAUGGCCAUUUUACUUAGCCAAUUAGGCAGCUCAAAGAUUGAAGGCAGCUUAAAGAUUGAACUAUAA